GAGAAGGAGACUGAGGAGAAGAGGCAAGAUGAAUGACCCUCGAACAGGCCAGCCGUUCCCGCCCUCGACCAUCCAGCGUGUCCUGUACAGCUGCGGCGCCGUCCACGUCUACGCCCUGCCGCCGCUGACCUCGAUGAAGGGCUACCUGGCCGCCAGCUGGACCAGCAACAGCGACUCCGAGAUCUUCGCCGGCCGUCUUCGAGUGCUCGAGAGCGCCGUCCCAGUGAAAGUACCGGCAUCGAGACCAACCACGGCUCUUCGAACCCCCAACCGGCCCCUUGCCCUGCCCGAGGAGGAACCAGACCUACAACCAGAAGAAGCAGACGCAGAAGCAGAAGCAGAAGAAGAACGACUGCAGGUCGACAUCCUGCUGGAAGAAGCCGGGGGAACCCACGAGCUGUUCGCUGCAGCGCCGUACGUGGAUGCGGGCGUGGUCGAGCAGACGCUGGACUCGAGUCGCUUCUUUGCGCUGCGGGUGGAAGGCGAGGGCAAGAAGGCGGUGCUGGGACUGGGCUUCGAGGAGAGAAGCGAGGCCUUUGACUUCUCCGUCGCCCUGCAGGAGGCGAGGAAGAUUCUCUCGAUGUCUUCUACGUCUAUGGCGUCUGGUGGUGAUGCCGGGAAGGACCUGAGUCUGCGGCCGGGAGACAGCAUCUCAGUCCCAGUCUCAGCACGAAGAGAGCCAAAGACAGCAGAAGAAGACAGAGAAGACAGAGAAGAAGAAGAGAAGCAGGAGAAGAAGGCCCUUUUCUCGCUUCCUCCGCCGCCGCCGCCGCCAGCUUCGUCUUCGUCUUCGUCUUCUUCCUCCCGUCGACGGCCUCCUGCGUCCUCGACUUCUCCUGCAAUAUAG